AUGUCGUUGCCAAGACCAGGGCUGAACGACGACGACAACGACGAGGAGGACAGCACAACAGCUCUCGACCUUGCACAGCCUGACCUGAACCUGACUUCGAGAAAUCGACGCCCGCGCAUAUUCGUCGAGAAUUCAGAGAUAAUAGCCAGCCGCUACCUUCCAUUCCUACCUGACACUUGCGCCACGAAACGAACACACGAUGCCUGCUACGAACUGGGCUCCGAGCUGCCCGCCAUGCUUCCGCCUCCGACCUUGAGCUUUACAAUCCCUUCAAUCCAAGAGGAUGUAGCACUCGAUUGUCGCGUCUACCACCCGGCGUCCUUAGCUCCCACCUCCAUAUCACAUUGUACAGCAUGGAACAAGAAGGCUGCGAUUGUGGCGCACCCCUACGCGCCGCUGGGUGGAAGUUACGAUGACCCUGUUGUUGGCAUAAUAGCAGACCUUCUGUUGAAACAGAACUUUGUGGUGGGCACGUUUAAUUUUAGAGGAGCUGGUAUCUCGCAAGGACGGACGUCGUGGCAGGCCAAGGCUGAACAGAAGGACUACAUCUCGUUCUUGGCUUUCAUGGUCUACUAUUGUAAGAUACUGUCGCCUCAAAGGAUGCCUUUCGACAUGCCAAGCUUUACCCGCUCCGAUCCCGAAGUAUCUGAAUUGAGCUCUGUUCCGUCGGGAUCAACUUCGCCGUCUCAUUCUGGGAACUUGCAGUUCUCGACAGCAAGCUUGUCUCCAGAAUUUACUUUGACCUUUGGCAAGGAAGGUCUCCCCGCGCCCAACACGCAGCCACGUCUCCUACUUGCAGGUUACUCAUACGGCGCAUUGAUAACCAGCUUACUGCCGCCCAUCAUCAGUUCCCUAAUAUCGCCCUUCCAAGCUCCAGAUCCAGGCUCUGCGCAUGCCGAAAUACGCUUGCGAGCAGAAAGCUUAGCUGCGCGACAGAAUCAACAGAUCAAUCGACAGGCCGCGGCUCUGCUACGGAAAUACAGCCACCGCCGUAGCCGGAGUUUGCAAAAUGACGAUGUCCCGGACAAUACGACGGUUCGGAAACCGAACGGGGUCCGUAUUGGAGGAGGGGAAGAUCUUCGUCGAGCAAGCCACGAUUCGUCCCGAGCCACCAGAGGCUCGUUCUCUAUAGAGGCACCCGAGCUGGUACGGAAAAGCGUUGACAGAGCUCGGUUGAUUGGGAAGCACAGACGGAUGUCACCAAGACACAAUCCUCGUGACUCCAUCUCAUCAAACAGCAGACUCGCAUCGCGACACUCAGUCGCAGCGAGUCUGACGGAUGGAAAGGAGGUCAAGGAGGAAGUCAUUAAGGAGGAAGUCACGGCACUGCGGCCGAUACCCGGUAUCGUAGAUAAUCUUCAGAUCGGAUACCUUCUCGUAUCCCCCCUCCUGGGUGUAAUCAACAGCCUCGCAACCUUGUGGACAUCCAACCCCUGGCGGGAGCGAGGCCCGCUCCCCGACAACGAGAUAAAGUUCGCCGUCGAUCCGACCCUGGCUCUCUUUGGCGACGACGACGCCUUCGUCAGUGCCAAAAGGCUCCGGCCCUGGGCUGAGAAGUUAAGCGAGCUGAGCUGCGAGAGAGGAGGGGGGGCUCGCUUCCGGUACGUGGAGGUCCCUGGUGCCGGCCACUUCUGGCAUGAUCGCCGGGCUGUGAGCGUGUUGCGGGAUCAGAUCAGGACUUUUGUGCGGGAUCUGUGA